AUGGAGGACCCCGAAAAGAAACUGAAUCAGAAGGGCGACGACAAACCCAGAAAAGUACGAUUUAAAAUCUCCUCUUCCUACAGCGGCCGAGUGUUGAAGCAGGUGUUCGAGGAUGGGCAGGAAUUAGAGUCACCCAAAGAGGAAUACCCUCACAGUUUUCUCCAGGAGGCCCUCGAACCAAUGGAUGGGGUUUAUGGGUCAGGGGAAGCCCCUAAGCCCCAGCUGUACUCCCCUAAGCUGACGGCUCAGAGGAUCAGCGUGUUCAGGGAUGGCAGUGCCUACGCCCUGGCGGGGAGCCAGCCUCUGUUCAAUGACUACAAGGCGAAUGACCAUAAGCCUCCACCGAUUAUAGACUUUGGGAAGAUAAUCAUCUAUACAAACAACCUGAAGAUCAUCCGAACCCCGAUGGACAAAAGGGACUUCAUGAGGAAAAUCCUGCAGAAGGAAGAGGUUGCGGAGGAGGAGGCUCUGAUGAGCACAGGAGAAAACGACGGCGACAGGGAGCAAAAUGACAGUCCCCUGCCGGAGACCGAAGGCACAUUUCUCCACAAUCAGCACACACAGGAUGGGUUGGUCCCUGAGGACAACUGUCUCCACUGCCAGGGGUCCGGCAUCGCCACCUGCUCUCUGUGCCAUGGCAGCAAGUUCUCAAUGCUGGCUAACAGGUUCAAGGAGUCCUAUCGAGCCCUCAGGUGCCCUGCCUGCAACGAGAACGGCCUGCAGCCUUGCCGAAUUUGCAGCCCGUAG